UCCAAACAAGAAAAUGCGGCGUUACAUUCGUGCACUAAUGUUGUGCACGGUGUUCGCCGUGUUUUCGGGCUUGUACGUUUACAGUAAACUGUUUUACUCGGACGUGUCGGUCGGUGGAAACGGACCGAAGAGGGUUUUCAUCCCACCGAGAGUCCCCGGAGGCAAGCGAGGUACCGCGGACAAAACUGGGCCCAGAAGCCCACACUGGUACAAUAGGUACAUCAUGCGUCAGCGGGGUCAGGCGGAGGCAGGUGGGGGCAGCGUUCAGAGCAGACCUGAACCCCCCAUCCAUCUGGCCGUGGUGGCCUGUGGGGAGAGGCUGGAAGAGACUCUCACCAUGAUCAAGUCUGCUGUGCUUUUCAGCAUUAAGCAUCUCCAACUGCACAUCUUCGCCGAAGAUCAGCUCCACACCAGCUUCAUGGAAGCUUUGGAGUCGUGGCCUAGUUUUAUUCGCUCCAGGUUCAACUACACAGUCUACUCCAUCAGCUUCCCCAGUGAGAACGCAGCAGAGUGGAAGAAGCUCUUCAAACCCUGCGCUUCUCAGAGGCUCUUCUUACCCCUGAUCCUGAAGGACGUCGACUCGAUUGUGUACGUCGACUCGGACAUCUUAUUCCUGCAGCCUGUCGACCGCCUGUGGGCGUUCCUGUCCCAGUUUAAUUCCUCCCAGCUGGCUGCCAUGGCCCCGGAGCACGAGGAGCCCCGUAUUGCCUGGUACAACCGCUUUGCCCGCCACCCAUUCUACGGCAAGACGGGCAUCAACUCUGGGGUGAUGCUCAUGAACAUGACACGGAUGAGGAACAUGUACUUUCAGAAUGACAUGACGCCUGUGGGACUGCGUUGGGAGGAGUUGCUGAUGCCUCUUCUUCAGAAAUACAAACUCAACAUAACCUGGGGAGACCAAGACCUUCUCAAUAUCAUUUUCCACCACAACCCUGAGUGCUUGCUGGAGUUUCCGUGCCAGUGGAAUUAUCGUCCAGAUCAUUGUAUCUAUGGCAGUAACUGUGCGUCAGCGGAAGACGAUGGCAUUCACAUACUGCAUGGAAACAGAGGUGUUUACCACGACCACAAACAACCCGCAUUCAGGGCUGUUUACGAGGCCAUACGAAAGUACUCUUUUGGCGCGGACCCAGUGGCGUCGAUGUUGGCUCCUCUCGAGGAAGAGCUGCUGAAGACGACACACACUUACUGUGGUAAGUCCCACGCGCUUCUCACCAAGAUACUGGCACACAGCCUGGCGUCACUAGUGCGGCCUCGCGUGGACGGCGACAAAACACAAUCACAAUGACGGGACGGAGGACAAGAGGAGCGCGGCCUUCAGCCGGACAGAAAGACUUGAUUGAGAGGAGAAAAAAAAAAGCAAGAAACUUGACCGCUUGUUUCUAAUUCUGCGAGCUGGACGAUCCCCGAUGUGAACAGCGGCGCGACUGAUAACACCAGAACACAACCACUGCAGCACUGCAGACAUGUUUGUACUUGGCAGGCUGUUCAAUAACAAAGAAUUGAAGUUGUCCAAAGAUACAUUCACUACUUUGUGGAGCUUUUAUGGAUGAUUUGGGUGAACAGCUGCUCCAUAAAACAGUUGGAUUGUCUCAAACUGAGACUAAUUGGUGCUCCGUUCUUUUAAGUUGCUCUGAAUAAGAGCGUGAUGUAAAUGUCUGAAAUCUGCUCUCAAGGUUACGUUAUGUGAAUGUAGCAGAGAUGACUAUUUACGACAGAUGGACACAUGUUGUUUUAUUUCACGCCAUGUGUUUCUAUUACAGACUUUCACGACAUUUUAUAUUUUAGUGACGGCUGUGGAUUUUUUUAAUUUUUAAAAACCAGCCAGCAUCCAGUCUCUUCUUCCAGUAAUUGUCUCCUUUCAGUGCCUUCGAUUCCUGACUAAAGGUGAAUUAUCCUCGCGGUGCAAAAACGCUGUAAAAGUUUGGAAGAGCAGCUCUUCACUUUCCAUAUUGGAGAAUUUAUUGAACCUUGUGAAACCCUUUUAUUAAAAGAGACAAGAGAAUCCUAUCAGAACUGGACAAAGGCUUUCCGUAGGGCCUAUUUUGAGAGAUGUAUGCACUGGCCCACUUUCCUGACCUUCAGAAACCAUUUCAGAACCAACAUCGUGGAAGAGAAGUCGUAUCAGGGAACAUACACAGGAUGAGAAUAUCAUUUCUGAGUGUGCGUGUGAUUCAGUGGUUUUGAAUAGUUCCUCGUAUUUGGUUUUCUACAGCACAGGCUGGAGCAGACGGCCCUCCAGAGUACGGGUUUGCUAUUUUAUCUGUUGCACAGAUCACCGCGACCCAAAGCAUAACGAGCAAAAUGAGUCAAAGGUCAUGUUUAUGUUGUGUAAUGUCAGUGUACACUUUUGGGAUGCCAGGUCAUGUGACUGUGUCUUUUAAGUUAACAUAUUUCCGUAUGUUACUUUGAACACGCAUGUUUCUGGCACUGGCAAUUUAUGAAUAAUUCAAUACUAUGACCUCUUUAUAUUUUUACUUUUUUUACCAUAUGUUGUCAAUCUAGAAGUGUGGAUUUGUUUUUAAAUAAGUUGUUUGUUUAGUUUGCAAUACAGAGGACAGCCAGAAAACAUAAUGCAGACAAAUUACUAUUGAAAAAAUGUUCCAAGUUCCACUCCUUAUGCCAAAGCAUUACUUUUUUUUAUUACUUUUGCACUGUCGAAUGUAUUCUUAAGGUUAUUAUCAGUGCUUAUGAUGGUAUGGUUGUAUUGUGAGGAUAUCAUUCGUGACAUGUUUACUUGUUUAUAUGUCGCGUGUGUGUUUUACAUUAAAUACCAUUUUCUGUA